UGACUGACUGGUGACGUAGAACUAAGAAGUAGGCUGACUGGCUUUUGCAGUUUGGACCCCUAAACCCUGGAAUGGCCUUCCUGCAGAAAUUAAUUCUCAGCAAACCAUGGAGGGAAAUAAACUGGAGAGACAAACAGAGGGAUCUGCAGUAUGUAAGGAACUACAAACCUAAAACUGAGGGCCAGCUGCUCAGGAUUCUACUUCAUGGUCCGGCUGGAGCUGGAAAAUCUAGUUUCAUCAACUCUGUCCAAAGUGUCUUACUCGGCAGAAUGUACACACUUGCUUUGGCGGCCAACACCUUUAGCGGCUGUUUCACCAAAAAGUACACGACCUACAAGAUCAAAAAAGGCGCAGAGACCUUUUACCCUUUUGUCUUCAAUGACAUCAUGGGCCUGGGUCCAACCAUUGGGGUCCAAGUAAAAGAUGUAAAUCUGGCUAUGAAGGGAAAGGUGAAGGAAGGUUACAAGUUCAAUCGUGAUGCUAGGAUGCCAGAGGAGGGCCCAUUCUACAACAAACAACCAACUGACAACGACAAAGUGCAUGUUCUGGUUUGUGUCAUUGAUGCUAACACACUAACCUGCAUGAACAAAGACACUGAGGAAAAGAUUCGCCAAAUCAGGAUUGAAGCCACUCACCUGAGUAUUCCUCAAGUGGCCAUUCUCACCAAGAUUGAUCUGGUCUGUCCUGAAAUCCAAAACAAUUUGAGGAAAGUCUACGAGACCAUCCACAUUAAGAAUAAGAUGAAGGAGUUCAGUGCAGCGGUGGGAAUUCCAAUGAACUGCAUCUUCCCUGUGAAGAACUACCAUGAGGAAAUUGACCUUGACAAUGACGUUGACUCACUGAUCCUGAGCGCCCUGAGAAACAUCAUCAACUUAGGAAAUGACUACUUCAACUCAAAGAGGUCUGACAGUGACAAUUCCAGAGAGCCUCCUCCAGACUUCAUUGAUGAACCUGCACCCCCAUACACAAAAUGGCAGUGAUGUCAGAUUGUCCUGAUGAUCCAGACUGUUUCAGACUGUAUCUGGAUGGCUCUGAGCCUCCACCUGGGAUUUAUGUUGUCUGUUAUUCUGUCAAAUACUUUAAACUCAGAGUGACUCUGUAGAUUUUUUCUGUCUAUGACCACAUAUAUAUGUAAAUUAACAUAGAUAGAUCUAUGUGCAUUUCUGUAUUGCAUUCUGCUGCAGCUUCACCCUGUGGAAGAACAAAAUAUUGCAGUUAAUUUCCACAU